CAGAAUUGCUCACGUGGAAAGAGAAAGCCCUACGCACUUCCAGUGUUCUUUCCCGCACAAGAACUCAGAAUUGUUUCGCCUGUAUCCCUCAACACCGAUAUCAACUCACAGCCGGCAGGAUGAAGUACAUUCAUUCCCAGGAGCUCCUUGAGAUCCCCGAGGGGGUCAAGGUCAGCAUUAAGUCGCGAAUUGUCACCGUUGAGGGUCCCCGCGGCAAGCUGGUCAAGGAUCUCAGCCACCUGGCUGUCAACUUCACCGUCCCCAAGAAGAACCAGAUCUCCAUCGAGAUUCACCACGGUGUCCGCAAGAAUGUCGCUACCCUCCGAACUGUACGAACCCUCAUCAACAACCUGAUCAUUGGUGUCACCAAGGGCUUCAAGUACAAGAUGCGAUACGUCUACGCCCAUUUCCCCAUCAACGUCAACGUCUCCAAGAACGCCGAGACCGACCUGUACGAGGUUGAGAUCCGAAACUUCAUCGGCGAGAAGCUCGUCCGCCGAAUUGUCAUGCAGCCUGGUGUCGAUGUUGAGGCUUCCACCACCCAGAAGGAUGAGCUCGUCCUCUCUGGUAACUCUCUGGAGAACGUGUCGCAAAGUGCCGCCGAUAUCCAGCAGAUCUGCCGGGUGCGAAACAAGGAUAUCCGAAAGUUCCUUGACGGUCUGUACGUCUCCGAGAAGGGCAACAUUGUCCAGGACGAAUAAGCGCGGGUACGGACACGGAUCUUGUUUCUUUUGCGUUUCUGGGUCUCAGGAGUGGCGAAGGUUCAUCGUUGCAUGUCAUGUAGCAAAAAAAGGGCUACAAAACAAAUUUCAAAAAGCAAAGAGAUGAUGACUCUGGUGCCGACAAACACUUGAAUCUCGCCAACGAAUCGAAUCGCAUCUGUUCAUUCGUGUAUGUGACCAUUUUAGGAGCAAAAAAGGGCCGGCUUUUAGACGAGGGUUCGUUUCGGGUGUUUUGCGAUAAGAAAAAAAAGGCGUUUAAUCAUUUUCCAAUGCGCACACUAUCUGUGCCUGGGAACUCCCACAACGUUUUUGUCUAUCGUGAAGUCGGUUCUGCAAGAUCUAUUCUAUCCAAUUUGAUCAAUGGUAAAAUGAGUCAAUGCAUCAUGAUUUCAGAACUUUAGUCCACGCACAUCCAUGGCUGUCGUUGAUUGAGGAGGCGAUUAUGAUCAAAAGUUGCAUGUGAAAAAAAUGAGGCUCGCAUUUACAUUAAGACGUGCCUCGUCAGUAUAUUCAUCUUUUAUCAAACUCGUAAUUUUUCUUCUCAACUUUCAUUGUGAGUCAUUUCAUCUAGUCUUCCUUUCAAUUCCUUUCGUGACGUGAUCUCUUGAGUAACAAAAAGCAGCAGCAUUAACCAUCCAUGAAUGCGUGGGUAAAAUAACAACAUCAAUGAUGAAAAGGGGUGAAUGGGGGGGAAAUAAAAACCAGAGGCCGCAAAAAUAUCAACAUAAUACCAUAAUAUGUGAACAACCAGGAACGCCAGUAGCCUUGA